AUGGUCCCACCAAAUUUCAAACUUCCCGCCCUACGUUCCUACGAUGGCCGAGAUGACCCCGAGGAUCACCUCCGCGCCUUCCUUUCUGCAUUUCGGCUCUACUGCGUCCCCGACGCAGUAAUUUGCCGAGGUUUUCCCAUCUUCCUACAGGGGACGGCCCGAAAGUGGUUCUGGGGCCUAGAACCGAGGAGUAUUUCCUCGUUAGACGAGUUGAUAGAUCGGUUCAUCCACCGCUUUGUAUCGUCUCGUCCAAUUACGAAGACUUCAGCUUACCUCUUGAACCUGCAACAAGCCCCUGGCGAGUCACUGCGCUCCUAUGUGCAGAGGUUCAAUGAGGAGAACGUGCAGAUACCUGAUCAGAAUGAGCAGGUAACCAUAGCUGCCUUCACCAAUGGGCUGAUCACGGGAAUCUUCAAUACUGAGAUACACCGGGAUUACCCCCGCACACUUCGGGAACUCUGGGAUCGAGUAGACCAGGGAAUCCGAAGUGAAGACCUAAACCGUAUGAAGCGAGAGGCUCAAGCCACUCGUACCGGGCAGGACUCCCGAAGGAAAAAAGACGCCGGCCGAGUCGAACAAGGCCCCAGUGGCUCGUCAACUCAAUUCCGAGACCGCCGGAGUGUCUUCGAUCGAAUCGUAAAAGACAGGUCGUCCACCUCGGACGCCGAGCUCACGCCCCUCAAUUCCAGCCGGACCCAUGUCCUGGCUAUGAUGAGGCAGAAUCACCUCGGCCGAAACUCUCCUGAAAUUCCGGGGAGGAGAGAUAAGAGGAACUCAAACCUCUAUUGUGCCUACCACCGGGAUGUUGGGCACGAGACUGAAGACUGUAAUGAUCUGAAGCCAGAGAUCGAGAAUUUGAUCCGGUAA